CAUGGUAAGUGGACGUACAAGCCAUAUUAUUUCUUAAUCUUCGUUCAUCCUUAAAAUAAAUCUAUUAAUAUUCUUAGUAUUAAGCUCACGCAAAUUUAGACUACUUGCGAUAUUGUAUUUAGUGUAAUUUUUAUACAAAAUGGUGAACGUUCCAAAAUUACGCAGAACCUUCUGCAAAAAAUGCAAGGUUCACAAGCAACACAAAGUAACACAAUAUAAAAAAUCAAAAGAACGACAUGCAGCCCAGGGACGUCGUCGUUACGACAGAAAACAACAAGGUUUUGGUGGUCAGACCAAACCUAUCUUCAGAAAAAAGGCUAAAACUACUAAGAAAAUUGUAUUGAGAAUGGAAUGCUCCGACUGUAAAUUCAGGAAACAAAUCCCACUUAAGCGUUGCAAGCACUUCGAGCUUGGUGGUGACAAGAAGAGGAAGGGACAGAUGAUUCAGUUCUAAAUGUGUAUUUUUUUUACAUACGACUGUAUUUAGUUUAAUAAAGCAGUUUAAUGU